AUGACUUCCAACAAUAACAACGAGGGCAACUCAACCUCGACAAACUUCUUCAACACCCUAAAAGACACCUUUGCCCCCCACGACCAACGCCAACGCCGCCUCUCACAAUCCGACCACAAACCCACCUCUUCCUCCUCCUCCCAGAUGCACCAGCAGCACGAGCCGCUCCGCCGCGUCUCCAGCACGGGCUCCUCGGCGUCGUCCACCACAUCGUCCUCGACCACGACGGACCCCGCGCUGCACCCGCACCGCGACGCCUCGGGCGCCGGCAGUCAGUUCCUCGAGGACCUGACGCCCGGCCGCCAGGGACGUCGCCGCAGUAGCAUCCUCGAGGCCCUGGGCGGUCGACUCGGGGGUAGCGGCGACGAGAAACGCCGGAGCAGUGCCGGCGCUGGGGCCGCCGCAGGUCAGAGCAGCGGCACCGACACGCCGAGCCGGGGCGCCAAGUACUUCAAGUAUGUAUAA